AUGGCUUUGAAUCGUGUAGUAAGUUUUGUCUCUAAAUUUAAGCAGCAUAAACAUGUCGUUAUUCUCUCGCUGGAUUUUGAUUCUAUUAGUUGGUCCUCUUUGUUACACUAUAUGAUCGACUUGGAACUGCCUUUAGAUAUUGUGCGACGUUACGCUUCUUACUUCACCAACAGGUAUGUCCUAUAUAACGAGUUCUUUGAUGACAGUGACUGUGUUACAUUACAGAUUUUUAAAGGUUGCCCGCAGGGCUCUUGUAGUGCAACCCUGUUCUGGAACCUCAUAAUGAACAAACUUUUAAAUUUUGAUUUUCAUGAAGAGGACAUGGAAUUGGUCGCCUAUGCUGACGAUAUUUUAAUUUUUCUAAAGGAAGAUUCUCUAGAAAAAUUAGAGGCACUCUUUGAUCGCAUCACUCCCUAUUUUGACAAGUGGAAGACAGAAGAGAACUUGACAUUUUGCAUGAAUAAGACGAAUGCCCUGUUUUUUCCAAAGUGUGGACGAAAAUGUCGUACUCCACAACUAAGAUACAAUGGAUGUCGCAUCAAAUUCGUUCAGUCUUUAAAAUAUUUGGGCGUUAUUUUCGACUCUGGUCUAACUUUCUCUGAGCAUUUUAAGAUCAUACAAAGAAGAACUGAUAAUAUUUUCCUAUUUUACAAACGUUAUUUUACAACCUGUGUUCUCUCUAGUAAAUACAGGAUUAUUUUAGACAUACAUAAAAAGGUCAUUAUUCCUAUCGUUAUGUACGGCAUGGGUGCCUGGGGUUCCAGGGCGGGGGAACUUCAGAGGAUUAGAUUGAAAUUAAAUACCAUACAGAGGAGCUGGUGCCUGCUGAUUACUCGGUGCUUCAGGACGGUCUCCUCCGAGGUUUUAUGUGUUCUGGCUGGCACUCCGCCUCUCUCAAUUUUAUACCAAAUGUAUUAUGAUAGAUUUCUUUUAAGAUCCGGAAAUUUGGAUUUUAAGAUCUUUGGAAACGAAUUACUUACCAGACAUGCUUAUGACAAAUUUAACAGAUUGCUUUUUCAUCCCGCCAAAAAUGUUAUGUGUACCUUUGAUAAAAUAUUACCAAGAAAUAAUAUGUAUGAAAUUUAUACAGACGGUUCUGGUAUAGACAAUAGCAUUGGAGCUGCAUUUGUGGUGUAUUUUUAUGGAGUAGAAACUGAUUAUUCUUUGUACAAGUUAAACAAAUAUAACUCUGUCUUUCAAGCUGAGAGCUGUGCUCUCGAACAAGCCCUCUCAUACGUACAUCAUAAUUUGCCUCCAAGAUCUGUCAUUGAUAUAUACAGCGAUUGUUUAUCUCUAUUACAAAAUUUGCAAAAUCCAAUUGUUUCUAAUUUUACUUUAUACAAUAUAAAAUGCUUACACAAAAAUAUCUUAUGCUUAAGCUCUCUAAGGUUACAUUGGAUUAAAGUCCAUGUGGGGUUCGAUGGUAACGAGAGAGCGGAUGCGCUCGACGCCGCCAGAUCUGACGAUAUCCCCUAUAUUGAAAUUUCAGGUUCUCGUAGAUAUGGAAGAAAUGGAAGAAAUGGUAGAUAUGGUAGAUAUGGAAGAAAUGGAAUGGAAGAAAGACUGGAACACCUCGGAGAAGAACAAGGGCUUUUGAAGACACAUCGACAUUAA